AGAGAGAGAGAGAGAGAGAGAGAGAGAGAGACUCCUCACUCCGCGCUCCUUGCGCACACAAAUGGAGAGGGAACCAGCAGAAGACAACACUAACCGGCGGGUUUAGUCACAUUUCCAUGCACAGAAUAAUUUUUCGGGUUCUGGUCCCUCUUCCCACCCUGUGAAAAGCUACGAGGAAGGUCUAAUGCACCCUGGCUGCAUGUGUGUCUGUGGGCUUUAUCUCCCCACCGUCCAUUUUGGGUGCCUUGGCUGUGCAAUGUAAAGUCAAGAAAUGGCAGAGAGUGGAACAAAUGGGGAAAGAAGAAGCGAGGAUAAAGAAAGAGGAGGUGGCAGACCUCUCCAGGAGCCCCACAGCCCAGCUCUUGGCCUCUCCCCAGGCAGCGCCCCCACCCUUGGGAGCAAGAGGCAUCUGCCUCGAGGGAUUGUGAUCCAGCUGACUGGGACUGAGGGAGAAUGGGACAGUCUCGAUGACAGUGAGCUCAUCUUCUCCCUCGACCACGAUGACGACCACCCCUCUAUAUCUCUCUCCAAGGAGAGGCAGUUUUCUGUUGAGGAUGACAGAGGGUUGCAGUCCCAAGCGUUCCAUGUCCCUCUUUCUCCCUCGUCUCCUGGCUCUCUGGGCACUGCCACUGGCCCCAGCUUUCUCUCCCCAGGCCCUCCUUCACCCACCCACCGACCCUUUGCAAGCCUGGUCAAGUCUCUCUCCACAGAGCUGGAGCUCAAAGAAGGCUCCACCCUCAGACCUAAGCCCCUUCUCAGCCUCGUAAAGUCCAUCUCCACGGAGAUCUCCCGCUCAGAGCCCGAGGUGUCGCAGUCAAAAUCUGACUCCCGCCUCAACCUCCACCUAUGGAAACAGCUUACCCAAUCAAAAACCCGCAGCAAUGGGGACUCUCGCACUGCGCCCCCUUCUCCUAGCUCACUCUCCCCUAGUGGAGAGGGUCUGAAAGGGGGCUUCUUCAAAAUGGAGUUAGAGGACACCAGGAGGAAGCUCUCGGAGGCCGUGCACGAGCCUCUGAGCAGCAUGUUCAGUAAGAUCAUGAGAGAGGAGAGCGCAGGCAGCCCCAAACACCAGGGUAAGACCCAGGGGGCUCAUCAGGGUAGCUCCAGAGGUUUAGGGCGUGAAAGCAGCACGGACACGGUUCUUUCUGACUCUCCUGUGAGGAACACUAGAAAAACAGAUGCUGAUGUUUUGCCUGUGUUUGACUGGCCUUCUGCCAGACAUCCCGGGAGAAGUCACCGCAGCCACUGCCCUGUGCAUCAUAGCAGACAACAUCACAGGGAUGAGGAGCUGGAAAUAUAUACAGACGGCGACAUGAUGCAAGUUUUAGCCAUUGAGACUCAGGGGCCAGAGAGAAGAUCACCUGUUGGUCCUCAGGUCCUUGCAUCACCACUGGUUAGGACUUUUCCCUUUUCACAACCCCCUCCUCCUCUGCCACGCACAUGUUUAUUCUGUGUAGCAGUGCUGUCCUACGGCUAUUUCAUCCUACCUCUCAGUCCAUACUUCUCUGGCCUGGCUCUGGGAUUAGCACUCGGCUUCUUGCUAGGAUUGUUUCUGAUCAGGAUGGGUUCCAGGUCUCACUGCUCUGAUCCUCCAUACAGACCACCACAGACUCUGUUGGGUGAGGGGAUUCUGUCUGGUGGCACUCUCAGUAUUGAGCCCGACACCCUCAAGGGCUGGAUGAAUGAGAUACAUGAUUACGACCCAGAAACCUACCACCCAGCUCUGACUCACUCCGUGUUUGCCACUCUGGAGGGCUCCUGUCUCCGCCUGGAGUCCCCACGCACCAACAUUAGCCGCAGGGCAACGUACGAUGAGAGAGUCCAUGAGGCCACGUUUGUCAAGUCACGCUCCUUUCAGCUUGCAAAGAGCAAAGUAUUCCUGCUGCCAUCUGUGUUAGCUCGGAAGAGGAUGUGGAACCCAAAGUAUCCCAUCUGCAUCCAACUGGCAGGGGGAGCCAACUCCCAGGGGGAUGAGGGAGGAAGGUCGGAGGAUAGUCAGGGAGAGGAGCCAGAAGCUGAACCGGCAUGUCCACAACAAAGUUCCUCCAAACACGUCAAUGACCUUCCCACAACUCUGUACCUCUUCGGCCGCACAGGACGUGAGAAAGAGGAGUGGUUUCGUCACUUCCUGUUUGCAUCCAUGGAUACAGAGAGGGAAAAAGAGAGGGACAACCAGAAGCCUGGCAGAUGUGUGUCCAGAUCGGGUGACAAUGCACUGGCACAGAGCGUUAGCCCCUCCGGUAAUGUGCCAAGCAGCAGAGGCCCCAGCAGAGUGGGCAGCAGCGAAGAUGACGCCCCCUCCACACCUCCCCCCUGCAUGUCUGCAGCUCCCGUCAGUAAGACCUCCAGUAGCACCCGGGGCCUUUCCGUGUUAGACUACCCCCGCUACAUGGCUCAUCUCCUGGCCACAGAGGAGCUGACCCCCCUGUCCAGUCCUGGAGCCAGCAGCACAGAGACAAGCCCCACCGUCAAAGCAAGUUGUACCUGUGAUCAAGCGGAACACCCUGGGACAAGCCAGACCGCGUGGGCUAACGCUCUAAUUGGUCGAAUCUUCUGGGACUUCCUGCGAGAAAAGCACUGGGCAGACGUGGUCUCCCACAAGAUCCAGAAAAAGCUGAGCAAAAUCAGACUGCCUUACUUUAUGAAUGAGCUGACUCUGACUGAGUUGGAUAUGGGCUGCUCUAUGCCUCAAAUCAUCUCUACCUCCAGACCAGAGGUCAACCACAGAGGCCUGUGGGUGGAGCUGCAGCUGGUCUACACUGGUGCCCUACAGAUGACCCUGCAGACCAAGUUCAACCUGUCCAAGCUGGGUAAAGAGGGCGGUCAGGAUACAGACUGUACAACGGAAACUGGUAGCCCACGGCCCAUCUUCAGUGUGUUGGCGGACAGUGAUGAGGAGUCCUCCAGUGCUGGUUCAUCUGAUGAAGAAGAACUACUUCUGUCUGAGCCUCAGGGUCUAUUGGGGGAGAAGGGACCCACAUCAGCUACUGAUGGGACAGGGGGUGGGAAGACUGGGAGGAAGAUUUUGAGAUUUGUGGACAAAAUCGCUAAAUCCAAGUAUUUCCAGAAGGCGGCAGAGAACGAGUUCAUUAAGAAGAAGUUUGAGGAGAUGUCCAACACGCCCCUGCUGCUCACUGUGGAGGUUCAAGAGCUGUCGGGGACUCUGGUCGUCAACAUCCCGCCGCCCCCUACAGACAGGAUAUGGUACAGCUUCUGUGUGCCCCCCAAGUUGGAUCUGCAUGUCCGUCCCAAACUAGGGGAGAGGGAGGUGACUUUUUGUCAUGUGACCGAGUGGAUUGAAAAGAAACUGCAGGAUGAGUUCCAGAAAGUGUUUGUGCUGCCAAACAUGGAUGACAUCUACUUACCCCUGAUGCACUCUGCUGGGGUGGACAGCCCUCAAGCAUCGCAGCAUCUCUCCUCUCAGUCCCAACGGUCCCAAAGCUCCUCCACAGAGUCCAUAGAGCGGAUCCCACCCGAGAUCUCUGGGGCAGAGUCUGACUAGUGCCUCGCUGCUGAUGAUCGAAGCAGAGCCGACACGGCAAAAUGGAUUCAUUAUAUAUUCACAGUGAGAGAAAGGGGGGGAGAAUUAAAAUCACCAAGCAGAACAUACUACAGUUACUUUUUGCCUCUAUAGACUUGCAGACUUACUAACCCUUGUGCUUCUGUCUGAACCAGGAGUUUCUAAAGGUCUGAUGUUUAGCGCUGUAGGCGUGAUGGAGAGUUUGCGGAUUGUUUGUAUCUAAAAGAGCUUCAUGAUACGAUGAAGGGUGAGAUGUUACUGUACAAACAAGUGAUACCUUUUGCAAAUGUUUACAUGUGAAUGAUCCCUAUGAGAUUAUAUACAUAUAUCUCUUUAUUUGCUGCUUUGAUGUUUACAGCUCAAUGUCACUUUGGAUAUAAGUUGACUGACAUCAAAUAAAAGCUAGAAAAACACCUGACAGUUUGAUUCUCCGCCAAAUGACAGUCACACACAGAGUACAUGUGAAACUUUCACACAAAAAAAACACAUAACCUCGAGAUAUCUUACAUUUCCCUAUGAGCUCUUUUAUUAAAAACAAACAAACAAACAAAACCCAACAAAGAUUAAAUAUAUGUCAAUAUUUUCCUGCAUACUUGAAUUGGUUCAUGUGUAGCACUUUCAUGGACCUCCCUCACAAUUUCAAACAUAAUAUUACUGUGCAUUAAAGACUUAACUAAUACUUAACUUUCGUGCAGCUUAUUACUCUGUUAAUGAUGAAUUUACAUAUCCUAUACCAGUGGUUCACAGUCCUGUCAGAUGAACUCAAACACCGCCAAUCAUGUUUCAAAUGUGUUCAUUUAAAUUAAUUUUAAACUGGAUGCCAUUAACAUUACUAUUGACUAUAAAAUUGGAUAUUAUUAGAAUAUUUUUUUAUACAGUUCAACUGUCAGUGUUUUUCUUUAACUUUGCUUUUGUGUUACCUGUGGCACAAGCUGAGAUUUCAACCAUUUAUCCAUUUUUAGUUAACCUUUUCAAUUAUUUAUGUUGAAUGUAUCUGUUACUUUUAGCUAUUCCAACCAUUUAUUUAUUUUUAGACCAGUUUUUCCAAUCAUGUAUACAUUUUUAGCUUUUUUAAAAACCUUUUUUGACAACUUUGGAAGUAUUUGGACUUUAAAGCUCGCUUAAUAGCUACUUUUCACACACUCUUAAUUGUAACACCUGGCAUUCACGUGUUACAGCUGAUUCAGUGUGUGGAUAUAUAUUGUUUAAUAUAUUAUAUAUUGGUUUGAGUUACUUCAAAACCAUUUUAAUGCACCCCUUGGCGACAUCAGAUACACCACCAGGGGUACACAAACCCCUGGUUGGGAAACAUUAUCUACUGUCCUUGUCCUCAUACAAACAUACUGUUCACUGUUCUAUGUUUUUUUUUUCUCAUUUUCUAAUGGAUGUCAACUUCUGGACUGACACUAGGUAAUAUUUUUUCAAAUGGCAAAUCAACCUCAGUUGAAUCACAGACGGAGGGGGCGUAUAUUCCCCAGCUUUUACGGAAAAAAUACUCUCAUAGACAGGAAGUUAUUUUUCUGGUUCAUAUGGGAUAAGUAGAAGAAGAACGUGGUUCUGGAUCGCUUGACCUAAAUAAUGUGAAUAUCAUUUCCACUUGUUAUGAACUGAUGCAGUCUGGGUAGAGAUCAAAUGACUGUCAUCCAUCAUCUCACGGGCACAGCUUCAUUUAAUAGGAGAGAUACGGUGAAUUGGAAGUAGGGGAAAAUGUGCUUCUUUGUGCUCGGAAAAACUCUGUCAUGGUCUGAUGGUCAUUUAGCUCAGAUAUACAGAUAAACACAGAUCUCUGAAUUUAAAAUGUUGGGUUUAGAAAUUGGUACAUUCAAAACCUGAGAUACUUCUAAAAGAGAGUAUUUAAUAAGGUUUGGCUGGCCACGCUUAGUUUCAGCAUGGGAUAAAACAUAUAGGAGCAGAUUGAUGAAAAUGCAGCAAUAGAAAAUAAUGGUGACAUUGAUUGAAGUACAAACAAGUGAGUCAAUGACGCAGAAGUCAAGAUGGAAAGGAAAGAUUUAAAUGAACUGCUCAACAACACGACAACACAACAUGGUGGAGAAACAGCCUGUACAGAAUUCAAAACCAGAGAAAAAGACCUGAUGCAUAAAAUGAAAUCAGAGGGGGAAAAAGUGUGAUAAUGUGUGGGAGGGUGUGUCUGUGCGUGUGUGUUUGUGUGCAUGUGCAAAUAUCACUCGGUGGAAUACUGUUGAGUUAUUUGCAGUAUGGUUCAUUAGGCAGGCCCUCAGUAUUUGUUAUGAGCUAUUACGAGAUGCAAAUUCAUCGCUGCAGUGAAUGUAAUUACUCUACAGUGGAAAAAAUCUACAUCAAGAUAUCAUUUAUAGUACCUAUAUACAACUUAUGAACCAUAUUUACAUUUAUGUUAAGUUUCACAAGCCGCACCGUAACCAAAUUAUUAUUAAUUAUUAUAAGGGGCAGAUCUAGACGGCUGCCACCCCAGUUUAGUGUCAAAUGUUGUCAAAUGUAACACAUUCAUUUGGAUUAAUUAAAAAAAUUAUGUGUUAAAAAUUAAAAAUUAUUUAAAAAAUG